CAGAAACAGCUGCUGCUGGGCUGAAUAUUUGGCGCUAAAGUCUGCUGGGUUUGUGCGAGUCUACACGCAUCAUUAUAAGAGGAAAGAAGAGCAAAAGAUAACAAACUCGUUAAAAAUCGUCACGCGCCAAUCGACAGAAGUGUUUAGAAAUGCCGAGCACUCGCUCCCGAGAUCCCAUGCAACCCACCCUGCCCUUCCCUAGACGCAAAUCCGCCAGGGUGGCAAACAAGCCCAAAAGAAACCUGCCGGAUAAUCCCGAGCCUGCUAAGAAGAACCCGGGCCACACAAGACCGACGCUGGAGAAGCCCGUCCCACCGUCACCGAGGCGACCUGCUGCGGCGCCGCUUCCCGUCACAGCGAGGCUUCCCCUCAGCCCGCGAAAGCGCACAGGUGACGACAACGCCCUCAACGUGGACGCUGCACUUUCAGCGUCACCCCCCAAGCAGAGCAAAGCAUCGCCGCGGACGCCGCUGUCAUCCCCGCGCCGUUUGGCUUUUGACGAAAACUCCCCCGUCUCCAUUCGUCGUGGGCCGACUGCGCCGUCCUCUCCGUUUGCCGCCUCGUCACCGACGCGACAAGAACUGGUCUCGGGAAGUCCGGCGCGGCCGAGCCCCGACAAAAAGGAGACUGUAGCGUGUGAACAAUUAGACCAAAAACGCAGUUUUGCGAGCGUAAAGCGGGCGCUGCAUACGGCUGUGCCCGAGCGCCUAUUGUCAAGAGAAGAGGAACGCGCCACCAUCCGGACAUUCCUGGAGGAGAAGGCUGUGCGCCGCCAGCCCGGCAGCCUUUACAUCUCUGGGCCGCCCGGGACCGGAAAGACUGCGUGCCUCAACUGUGUCCUGCGUGACAUGAAGGAAGAGUUGUCGAACGUGCAGACGUUAGUGGUCAACUGCAUGAGCCUGCGCAACUCGCACGCCAUUUUCCCACUGUUGGCCGAAAAGCUGAGAGUUCCUGCCGGCCAGAAAGGCCUACAAAGACACCUGACCGGAGCCGGACCAGCCGUUUUGCUGGUUCUGGACGAGUUGGACCAGUUGGACAGCAAAGCUCAGGAUGUCCUUUACACCAUCUUCGAGUGGCCACACCUGUCCAAGUCCAGACUCUGUCUCGUUGGGAUUGCCAACGCUUUGGACCUGACCGACCGCAUCCUGCCCCGCCUUCAAGCCAGGCCUCAUUGUCGCCCCCAGCUGCUGAACUUCCCGCCGUACAGCAGAGAACAGCUGGGCGACAUCGUGCGAGACAGACUGGCUCAGGCAUGUGCUGACAGUGUAUUGGACGCAGCUGCGGUGCAGUUCUGCGCUCGUAAAGUUUCCGCCAUGUCAGGAGACGCCAGGAAGGCUUUGGACAUCUGCAGGCGAGCGGUGGAGAUCGUAGAAUCGGAACACCGGAAGAAGGCGGACAAGCUCAAUGCGACAGAGUCUGGCGCUGUAGCCAGCGUCCCCCAGGUAGCGCGCGUCCUGUCCGAAGUCUACGGCGAUCGUAUGGCGUCGUGUAACGGCGAUGAAAGUUUCCCGCUUCAGCAGAAACUCCUGGUGUGCUGUCUGCUGAUGUUGGUGCGCGCCGGCAAGAGCAAAGAGGUGGUCCUCGGGAAGCUGCACGAGGUUCACAGCCGCCUGUGUGCCAAGCGUCAGGUGGGCGGCGUCAGUCAGUCGGAGUGUUUGUCGCUUUGCGAGAUGCUGGAGAGUCGAGGGGUCUUCGCGCUCAAGAAGGCCAAAGAAGCUCGACUCACCAAGGUGUUCCUGAAGAUCGAGGAGAAGGGGGUCGAAAACGCUUUGAAGGAUCGCGCCCUGGUCGGCAGCAUCUUGGCGGCGGGCCUCCCGUGAACAAUCUUCUCUCAACUUUUAGUAUUUUUGGAUUCUCAUUUUUGCUGAGAAUUUUUUUUUUUUUUUUUUUUUAAUUGAUGUUCAAAACUUGAAGCUGUAUGAUUGAGUUGGUGUGUUAGUAAAGCAAAUGAUUGAGGAUGUAUUGAAAUAUUUGGUUUUAUUUAAGUCAAAGGGGCACUUUUUAAGUUUUUGUUACCAGUGUUGCGUUACUGUAAUCUGAUUACUUUCUUCAGUAACGAGUAAUCUAACGUUCAUUUUUCCAAGACAGUAAUCCGAUUAUAGUUAGUUUCCCUAGUGCCUGUGCGUUACUAUUUUGUUUUUGUCUCAUGAUGUAUGUAGAAUGAAGAAUACUGUCGUCAUCUACGAAGAGCAUUUCUCAUCGGGGGGGAACGGGUCACGUGUAUUACGGUGCUGUCUGAGGCUGAGCGCUGUCUGCCACGGCGGUCAACAACAGCAUUCUGACGAGGCAGCGAGGCUAACAGUGAAAGGCAGGAUAUGUACCGCAAAUGAAUGCUUUUGCUCACUGGAAAUACAGCCAUUACAUAACAUUUCUGUCCAGUAAAGAUGACAAAAAUAUCUCUGUGCAUUGCAAACUUUACGCUGGCUGAAAAUCAUUGUCAGUCGCUAAAUCAACAAAGAAGCACUUGGAAUUACAGUACAACGCGACAAAACUCGAAACAGCCUACAGGUGACAAGACAGCCAGCACUUCUACAGUUUGUAACCAGCCUUUAUGCACAUUUUAUUGUCAGUGUUUGUAACCAUAGGCAGAGUUUUACUUUUGUGGGGCUGGGGGUAAGGCAUGUUGAUGACAAACAAAAGUCAAAAGUUUGGACACACCUAAACAUUUUUACGUUUUAUAUAUUUUCACUCCUAUUGUAAAUCCUCUCUGAAUACAUCAAAACUAUGAACGAACAUGUGGAAUGGCCAAAAAAAGUGAAAUAACUGAAAACUUUCUUCAAAGUAUCCACCUUUGAGGUGUCGCCAAACUUUUGGCCAAUACUGUAUAUAUACAUAUUAGGGCUGUCAAACGAUUAAAAAUUUUUUAAUCGAGUUAAUUACAGCUUAAAAAUUAAUUAAUCGUAAUUAAUCGCAAUUCAAACCAUCUAUAAAAUAUGCCAUAUUUUUCAGUUAAUUAUAUAUAUAUUCUGUAAAAUAAUUUGUUGGAAUGGAAAGAUUCAAUGGAAUGGAACAUUCAACAUACGGUACAUAAGGACUGUAGUGGGCAUUUCACUCUACUGUUAUUUAAAUCUGUCUAUGCUGUUCUCACUCCGAAGCGUUUGUCAGCCCAAAACCCUCUAAGUAUAUCUUAAAUGCAUCUUACCGGAUAUAAAAUGACUACUACAUAGUCUUGGGUGAUUUUUUUGGUGCCCAGUUUUCACAUCGAAUUGCAGCCGUCCAUUUCGCUCUCCUCUUUGGAUCCCUCGGAAUACGGUAAAACUUCAAGUCUCUCCUUCCAUCUUCUCUGUUAGUGCAACCAACAGCCACACACGCCUUCACCAUUUUGAUUAUUAAUGUUAAGGAGCAGAAAAACACGCCGUAAAUAGGAGGAAUGUACGUAGCCGUAACAGAUUAACACUAUGUUUUGACGGACAAAUGGGCGGUACCAUUCAGGAGAGCGGAGUUGUGACGUCACGUGGGUAGCGUCUAGUGAUACUGGCUGGGCUGUUUUAAUCGAGGCAUGAGGCAACAGCAAGCUUAUGGAGCAGCAAAACCGGGCGCUCAAAAAUACUGCGGGUGCAACGUCGCAUCGGCGAUUUGAUGACAAAUUGAGCAGACCACAUCGUCAUCACGAAAACAAACUGUCACCAAUUGCAGAAAUAUGGAACAAUUAGAACUUUUGGCUGCAAAAAAAGUUCUACCCCGGCCGCAAAGUCUGCGUGGAUGAGCUGUUCGUUGGUUUCCGGGGGCGCUGUGCAUUCAGACAGUACAUGCCGUCAAAGCCAGUGAAGUGUGGACUGAAAAUUUGGGAAUUACUAUUGCUAUAUGUCAUAUGCUUAUUACAUUUUGAGUUAUUCAAGGCUCUAAUUAUGCCAUGUGAGUAUUUGAGUAGUUGAAAGUAAAAAAAAAUAUUAAGAAAUGACUUGGUUAUGACACCUGUAAAACAUCUACCAUUUUGGUAAAAUAUGUACGUUUCAGGGUAUUUGUCUCAAAAACUGCUAUUGUCAAAAAAAUGGGAAUGCAGGAAAAAAAGGAUGUUGUUAUAAUUUUUUGACUUGUUCAAGGCUGUAAUUAUG